AUGACCUCUAGCGAAGUAUCUCGAGAGUUUUCUCAGCAGAAGCGGGAGGUGGCCUCCAGAAGCCCCCGUUUCUAUGUUCAAUUCGACUAUGGUCUGCCUAUUCGAUGCAAGCCUACGCCCACCCGCUUCCACGGCGACCUUUGGGUUGAGCCUCGUGACCGGGCCAUGGCAGCCAUUCCUGAACACGACCAGCCCACACCCCGCGCUCUCAAUCUCUUCACGGAUGCCUCGUUUCCUGGCAAAGAGUCGUGGGGAAGUGGUCCCAGCGGUCACUCAACACUGGACAACCCCGCGGGAGCCACCGUUACUUGGCAACCCCGCCCCGGUCUCAGCCCCGACUGGACAGCCAACACGUACAGGCUCAUCAAGUGCCCCGACUUCCUGGUGGCAGAGCUGUACGCCUUGGCUCUCGGGCUCGAGACCGCCCUCUACCUGUCCCGCGCGGUCCCCGACCUUCGACAAGUGAACAUCUUCACGGAUUGCAAGGAUGCGAUCCGUUCACUCAUGAGGGCCGACGCGUCGGACAAUGAUCCCUUGGUCCACAGAGCCGUUGCGGCAUCCGCCAAAUUAGAGGCCAAGGGUAUCAGAACCGCAGUCCGAUGGUGCCCGGGCCAUGUGGGCGUUGAAGGCAACGAGAGAGCAGACCAGCUCGCCAAAGCAGUUCGCCGCUGCUCGACGAGGAAGGGGGCCGUCCCGACUGAGAUGCCAGACAAGAUGAAGGAGUACAUGGUCACCGUUAACGACUACGAACUCCGCUCCUUCAAUGACCGGUCCCCUUUGCCAAGCCGUUCGCCCAGUCCUCAGCCCGCACCAUCGUUCUCUCAGGGACCCAUGACAGGGUCUUACGAUAAACAUGGGCUGUGGGUUCCUUCCUCCGUCCUGACACCAAUUAACCCAGGACACCCAAGCCCCUUCAGACCGCCCACGCCGCCUGGUUUGGACUUGUUUACCGCAUACCAGGCGGCAAUGAGUCUGACAUGGCCCCAGGCCUACUAUCAGCAGCCCCCCGUGCAGACUCAUGGGCUAACAUACCCUCCUGGAUUGAUGCUCCAGGCCGGUGCCAUGGUCUACGCAUAG